AUGAGCGACAUUUCUAAAACGCUGGUUGUUGAGACGACCUCUGAGAGCCGGGAGGAGUUCUUGGCUAGCUUCAGUUCGCAAGAGGAAAAACAGAUCCGUCGCAAGGUUAACAAGCGUUUUCUUUUACUAAUAGGUCUGAUGUACAUGGUUAAGCAGAUUGAUGUGAACAACGUCUCUAGCAUCAAAGUACUACAGGUGGGGAAGCAAUCCAACAUUCUCAAUGAGUUACAUAUGUCUGCCGACCAAUAUAACUGGGUAUCCUCAAUAUACAUGAUUGCAUACAUUAUCUUCGAGACACCAAGCAAUCUGCUUCUGAAGAAGAUGACUCCAAGGUUGUGGCAGACGCGAAUUUUCUUCACCUGGGGGAUUGUUCUAGCUUGUCAGGCUGCUGUACAAAACCGCCAGGGCUUACUCGCCUUGCGAUUUCUGUUAGCAAUGCUUGAGACUGGCUCCUAUCCAGGAAUCUUAACACAACUCAACUCGUGGUAUCCCAGCGACGAAAUGGCCACUCCUGUUGCGUGGCUACUAGGGAUAUCCCAAUGUUCAUCUAUUGUGGGCUCUCUGCUCUGUUACGGCAUCAGCUACAUGGAUGGCGUACGGGGACUGAGUGCAUGGCGGUGGGUGUUCAUCAUUGAGGGAAUCAUUACGGUUUUGUUCUCGGGUGUUAUAUUUCUGGUGCUGCCUGAUUACCCCAAAUCUCCGAGGAGCAGCAAAUGGCUCAGCCCACGCGAACAAGAAUUCAUCGAGGCUCGACUCGGUGAACGUGCUCCUAAAACAGCCGAUCCGGCCUUCAGCAAAAAAGAGAUACUCGCUGCUCUCCGAUCUCCCAUACAAUGGUCUUUCACCUUCUCCCAAAUGCUUAUCAAUCUCGGCAUGUACGCGCUGCAGUGGUACCUCCCCACCCUCACCACCAGCUUUGGCUUUACAAAGCUGCCGGCCAACCAGUUGCUCAACAUCCCACCGGCUGCCACGGGCAUCAUUGGUGUAGUACUGGGCGCAUUAGUCCUACGACAGGUUAGCUUUUCAAAGCCAAUUCAGUUGAUGGUGUAUAAUGCGGGAAUAAUCAUCGCCUUCAUUCUUUUCUUCGUUGUUUCCGCCGCACCUGGACUGUACGUCGCAUGCAUGUUAGGCACCUUCUUCGUCAACAUUUAUUACAUUCCCUUCAUCUCGUGGCGUUCAGCUACUAUGAGAGGGGCCACGGGAACAGCCUUUGCCUGGGGUCUUCAGAACUCCAUCGGCCAGCUUGGUGGUGUUAUUGGACCACAGUUGUUUCAAUCUAAGUGGGCGUAUAAUAGAUAUAAGACCAGUUUCGGUAUUGCUCUAGCGGGGGUCAUUACUGCCAUAGCGAGUAAUCUUGCCUGUUGGUGGUGGACCAAGAAGCAGGAAGAAGAGGAGUUGGAAUCUUCGUCUCCGCUGUGA